AUGUUGCGGCGCAGUGCCUUCCGCCUUGACACUGGGCCCGCGGUCACGGGUGGUCCCGUACAGGGCCUACGGGGUGGGGUGCGAAGCAUGAUUCAGCCCUGCUUGGCGGAGAACGUGCUGAGCGAGACGGCGGAGGUGCGGCGACGAAUAGCAGCCCUGGUGGACAUGGACCCCGGCGAGGAAAAAACCGCCUACAAGCCGCCACUUCCGCGGAAUUGGGUGAAGGCGCCGCUCUCGCGUCUUUCAACGGCUGCGUCCCGCCGAGACUGGUUUCGGCUCAUGCAGUUUAACAUGAUGGCCGACGCGUGGAGCCCGGGAGGAACGGCGGAAGAAGCCGCCACGACACCCGUGCAUGGUGUGCAGGCACGUGUGCCAGGCUUCACGAGGCCUGGGGCUGAUCCGGAUGCGUAUUACCCGUAUGACCCCUCCCUCGAUAAGGAGCUGCCGCCCUUUCUGCAGCCGGAAUUUCGUCGAGCCUACUUGGUAAACGAGAUAAGGUACUACGACCCAGACAUUGUUUGUCUGCAGGAGGUAAACCGGUUGUUUUUUAAUGACGUCCUCUGGAGGUAUAUCCGCUACUGCGGCUAUGGCACACUGUACCAGUCGAGCCGUGGCUACAAGGUGCGGGCCCUGCGCCAGGGCGACGACCCGCUGCUGCCGCGACACAAGGGCAAGAUUGCCGCGGCGGAAGAUAUUGGAAAUGUGGUGUUGUUUCACAAGGGACGCUUUGUCCCCAUUCUCAUGCCUGGAAAGGAUCUGGUGCAGCACCUUCACUUUGCCCACUUCGUUGCGAUGCGUGACAAGAUCACCAACAUGACGUUGAACGUCAUCUGCGUCCAGUACACAGCUGGGGAGUCGGAGGAGGCGGCACAAAUUCGCCUGCACGAAGCACGCCAAACACUGCAAGUGCUUGAUGCCCUCAAUCGCAACGACAUCGACCGCGCACACAUGACUAACGUGAUUUGUGGCGACUUCAACAACAUCCACGACGAGGAGGCCUGCGUGCAGCUGAUGCGGGAGCGCUUCUUCUCUACGCACGACGUCGUAGGGGGGCCUCGCUGGACGACGUGGUUUCACGAGGACGCGCAGGCCUCCGCGAGGUACCAGAAGUACUACGCCAGCAACCGUGAGUGCUUCGAGGGCACCAGCGCCGCAAAGCGGGCGCAGCGCGAGGUGGCCAAAUAUUCGCGGAAGCCUAGAAGCAGCAGCAGCAGGACGGUGACGUCAGCCGACGACGCGGGGGUGGAGGUGGCGGCGGGCGCUGAGACCGCCGUGGCGCAGGCGGAGGAACGUGAGCCGAGGCAAACGGCGGAAGCGGAAACUGAGGCGGGGACAGCGGCGGGGGAAGAGCAGCGGCAGGACGCCCUGGCGGUGCAGAAGCAAACUCUGAAGGCGCGGGGCGUCAUUUAUCGCACGCAGGACUUCGUCUUCUACGACCCCCAGACGCUGGCGCUCCACCAGGUGCUGGAUGUCCCGGAGGAGACGCACAUCAACGAACAGCAGCUGCUGCCGUGCGGCAACCACCCCUCACACCACCUCCAUCUCGUGCUGGAUGUCUCCUUCACCGACGUCUUUCCCGACGUUGCCAUGAAGUCCCUCAAGGAUUAG